GAGGGUCAUUUCUCCGUUAAAUCCGACGUCUACAGCUUCGGAGUAUUGAUCUUAGAGAUCAUAACAGGGAAGAAAAACAAUAUGGGAUCUAUGGAACAAAGGUGAAGCAACAAAGAUCGUAGACAAAUUAAUGAACCAAGAGAUUUAUGAUGAGAGCGAAGUGAUGAAGUGCGUACACAUUGGGUUGCUUUGCGUACAAGAAAAUGCUUCGGAUAGACCAGACAUGCCCUCUGUUGUGUCCAUGUUUGGUCAUAAGGCCAAUGACUUUCCUCCUCCGAAGCAUCCUGCGUUUACGUCGGGAAGGAAGCCACACGUCAAGAAUGACGACAGCACGUCCGGUGCUUACCUCAGUGGAGAAAAUAGCAAUUCUGUUAAUGACAUUACUCUCACUGAUGUUCAUGGCCGUUGAAAUAUUUUGAAUUGUUGAGAGAUCUAUCUUAGUUGCUAAACUACUUCCAUAGAAGUGUAUGUUUUAGUUUUAAUUGCAACUACGUGUGAGACGUUGAUUAACUAUGAAAUAAGGAGGAAGCAGGAGAAGAAAUGGGGAAGAGUGGCGGUGGUGGUUGGCUCCCCGCCGAUGGAUCUGAUUGUUCCCAUGGUUUCUCCUCAUAUUACCUUGGAAAUUUAGGUGGCGUGGACUGAUUGAUUCCUGCACAGUGAAAAAGAGGCAAUGAUUGAAUGGACACUGGACAAGGAAGGAAAAAGUUUCAGGACGUUGGUAACCUUUUUAGUUCGUGUCAUGUUGUAAGUCACAUGUUUUUACAUGUUUGAAAGUUCAACCUUAGAGAGAUAAAUCCGGAACCGAGCGUGACUGAUUUGAUGCCUGCAGUUAAUGUUGUUAGUUCAGGUGAGUCCCACUUGGGAUUUCAAUAAGACACAAAGCAUUUAUACGUUUCCAUCAAACUUCUGAUCAGAAAACAAACAGAAGAUGAAGAUCUUCUUCAUCUUUUUCUUUGUUUUAUUCUCCUUCCUUGUCCAUUCUUGUUUGUCCAACAACAUGAUCAUGAGAACGCAGUCCAUGAGAGACGGCGAUGUUAUAUUCUCUCAAGGAAAGAGAUUCGCUUUUGGAUUCUUCAGCCUGGGGACUUCAAAGCUCAGGUACGUUGGGAUUUGGUAUGCUCAAGUCUCUGAGCAGACUAUUGUAUGGGUUGCAAACAGAGACCAUCCUAUCAAUGACACGUCUGGUCAUUUAAAGUUCAGCAGCAGAGGGAAUCUCUGUGUGUAUGGAUCUGUCAACGGAACAGAACCUAUCUGGUCUACCGAUGUUUUGGAUACAAUAUCAGAACCGGCUCUAGUUGCGAAGCUGUCUGAUCUAGGCAACCUUGUGCUGCUUGAUCCUGUCACAGGGAAAAGCUUCUGGGAGAGCUUUAACCAUCCUACAAACACGUUGCUUCCCUUUAUGAAGUUCGGAUACACUCGCCAAGACGGUGUGGACCGGUUCAUGACGUCGUGGAGAUCUCCUGGUGACCCUGGUUUCGGGAACGUUACGUUCCGGAUAGAGCGUAGAGGGUUUCCGCAGAUGAUGAUGUACAAAGGAACGACUCUGUGGUGGCGUACUGGGUCAUGGACAGGGCAGAGAUGGAGCGGUGUGCCUGAGAUGACAAACAAGUUUAUAUUCAAUAUCUCGUUUGUGAAUAGUCCUGAUGAAGUAUCGAUCACUUACGGUGUGUUGAAUCCUCUAGUCAUAACGAGAAUGGUGCUGAACGAGACGGGGACCCUGCAGCGGUUCACGUGGAACGGGAAGGAUAAGAAGUGGAUCGGGUUCUGGUCAGCUCCUGAGGAGAAGUGUGACAGCUACAACCACUGUGGCCUUAACGGUUACUGCGAUACCACGAGUCCAGACAAGUUUGAGUGCUCUUGCCUACCGGGGCACGAGCCUAAAACGCCCCAAGCUUGGAACUUGAGGGAUGCUUCCGAUGGGUGCAAGAGGAGCAAUGCGGCUUCGUUAUGUAAUGGGAGAGAAGGUUUUGCGAAGUUGAAGCGGGUGAAGGUUCCAAAUACAUCAGGUGUGAGUGUGGAUAUGAACAUAACGCUUAAAGAAUGUGAAAAGAGGUGCUUGAGGAACUGCUCUUGUGUCGCUUAUGCGAGCGCUUACCACGAGAGCGAAGACGGAGCGAAAGGUUGCUUGACAUGGCACGGUGAUAUGUUGGAUACGAGGACAUACUGGAGCGCAGGACAAGAUUUCUAUCUACGUGUAGAUAAGGCAGAGUUAGCGCGGUGGAAUGGAAGUGGAUCAUCAGGGAAGAGGAGACUUUUCUUAAUUCUCAUCAGCAUGAUUGUAGUGGUGAUGUUGCUAAUGAUCAUGUUGUUCUGUUUCAUAAGGAAACGAAGACAGGUUCACAGGCAUAAGAAACCUCCAUCAACCUUCGCCCCGAGCUCUUUUGAUAUUGAAGAGCCAUUCGUAUUAGAAGAGCUCGAGGAUAAAUCAAGAAAGGGGGAGUUGCCUCUCUUUGAGCUUAGCACAAUCGCUGCAGCCACUAAUAACUUUUCUUUUCGACACAAGCUUGGAGCAGGUGGUUUCGGAGCCGUUUACAAGGGCGUGUUAGAAAACGGUAUGGAGAUAGCAGUGAAGAGGUUGUCAAAAAACUCGGGCCAAGGAAUGGAAGAGUUCAAGAACGAGGUCAAGUUGAUAUCGAAAUUGCAGCAUCGAAAUCUCGUGAGGAUCUUAGGGUGUUGCGUUGAAUCGGAAGAGAAGAUGUUGAUAUACGAGUAUUUACCAAACAAGAGCUUAGACUGUUUCAUAUUCCGCGAGGAGCAUAGAGCAGAGUUGGAUUGGCCAAAACGGAUGGGGAUAAUCCGAGGGAUUGCGCGGGGAAUCUUGUAUCUACAUCAAGAUUCAAGACUGAGGAUCAUCCACAGAGACCUCAAGGCAAGCAAUGUACUUCUUGACAACGAAAUGAUCCCCAAGAUUGCUGACUUUGGCAUGGCUAGAAUCUUUGGAGGCAACCAAAUCGAAGGAAGCACAAACCGAGUUGUUGGAACAUAUGGAUAUAUGUCACCUGAGUAUGCAAUGGAUGGUCACUUCUCAAUUAAAUCCGACGUCUAUAGCUUUGGAGUAUUGAUCUUAGAGAUCAUAACCGGAAAGAAGAAUAGUGCAAUCUACAACGAAAAUUCAAACCUAGUCGGACAAAUCUGGGGUCUGUGGCAAAAAGGUGAGGCAAGAGAGAUCAUAGACACGUUAAUGGACGCAGAGAGUUAUGAAGAGAGCGAAGUGAUGAAGUGCGUACACAUUGGGUUGCUUUGCGUGCAAGAAAGCGCUUCGGACAGACCAGACAUGUCUUCUGUUGUGUUCAUGUUGGGACAUAACGCCAUUGAUCUUCCAUCUCCGAAGCAUCCUGCGUUUACGGUGGGGAGGAAGAGAAACGUCAAAAAUGGAGGCAGCUCAGGUAACUUGCCUAGUGGAGAAACCGGUAGUUCUGUCAAUGAUGUUACCCUCACCGACGUUCAAGGUCGUUAAAAAUAAUUACAAGUGUCUUUCUCUAUGUUACAACAAUAGUCUUUAUUCUAUAGGUAUAGUUUGUUAUGAAAUAACUUAUAAUUUAUAGUAUCGAGAAAUUUAAAUAAGAGUAGAAUUUAAUACCCGUAGGAAGCAAAUAACACUAGUAUAAGAGAGAGAGUUUAUUAUAAGGAAGAAGAAGAAGAUGUAAUGGUUCUUUGAUUAUAAACUCUUGUUCUUGUU